UUUAUCUCAAACCUGCUCCGCCUGGGACGCGGGAGCUGUCAUCUGCCGGAGCUGAUUAUGCACGCAGGCACAGCAGAGCCUGAUUGGGUGUAGUAGGACCUAAGGCGAGGGGGAGAGGGAGCAGAGAGAGAGAGUUGGGCUCGCUGUACUGAAAUGUAAACACUGGGAAGCGAGAGGGAGCCCAACGCCUUUAUGCUCCCAACUGCCAGCGGCAGCUUCCCGGGGCUCCAGAGCCCUGCCACAGUGAGCUGCGCCCGGCUGGAUGAGCAGAAGCGGGGACUCCGGAGGAUCUGCCUGGGGAUAUAAAUCGGGGGCCGUCGGGAUGCGCUAGCUUUCUCCGGCGGCGCCGCAGCUCCUUCGUGCUCCGCGCCGCAGCUGGGACGGGGCGAUGGACAUGAACAUGAAGAAGUUCACAGUGCGUCGCUUCUUCUCCGUCUAUCUCCGCAAGAAGUCUCGGUCAAAGAGCUCGAGCCUAAGUAGAUUUGAGGAAGACGGUAUCGUGAAGGAAAUAGACAUCAGUCAUCAUGUGAAGGAAGGUUUUGAAAAAGCAGAUCCUUCUCAGUUUGAGCUGCUGAAAGUAUUAGGACAAGGUUCAUAUGGAAAGGUAUUUCUAGUGCGGAAGAUCAAAGGAUCUGAUGCGGGUCAGCUUUAUGCCAUGAAGGUACUUAAGAAGGCAACUCUGAAAGUUCGGGAUCGGGUACGAUCAAAAAUGGAGAGAGACAUUUUGGCAGAAGUGAAUCAUCCUUUCAUAGUCAAGCUUCAUUAUGCAUUUCAAACAGAAGGAAAGUUGUAUCUAAUACUCGAUUUCCUGCGGGGAGGCGACCUUUUCACAAGACUCUCCAAAGAGGUGAUGUUUACAGAAGAGGAUGUCAAGUUCUACUUAGCUGAGCUGGCCUUGGCGUUAGACCACCUCCAUGGUCUUGGAAUUAUUUACAGAGAUCUAAAACCAGAAAACAUUCUUCUUGAUGAAGAGGGCCACAUUAAGAUAACAGAUUUUGGUCUCAGUAAAGAAGCCAUCGACCAUGACAAGAGAGCGUAUUCGUUCUGUGGGACAAUAGAGUAUAUGGCCCCAGAGGUGGUCAACCGACGAGGACACACACAGAGUGCAGACUGGUGGUCUUUCGGCGUACUCAUGUUUGAGAUGCUGACGGGAUCAUUACCCUUCCAGGGAAAAGACAGAAAGGAGACAAUGGCUCUCAUUCUCAAAGCCAAGCUGGGAAUGCCGCAGUUCUUGAGCGUAGAAGCCCAGAGCCUGCUGCGAGCCCUCUUCAAGAGGAACCCCUCCAACAGAUUAGGUGCUGGAUUUGAUGGAGUGGAAGAAAUUAAACGUCACCCUUUCUUUGUUACUAUUGACUGGAACAAACUAUACAGGAAAGAAAUCAAGCCACCGUUCAAGCCCGCAGUGGGACGGCCAGAAGACACCUUUCAUUUUGAUCCAGAGUUCACGUCUAGGACCCCCACAGAUUCCCCAGGUGUUCCUCCAAGCGCCAAUGCUCAUCAUCUUUUCAGAGGGUUCAGCUUCGUUGCCUCUAACUUGGUGCAAGAGCCUGCACAGCAGGAUGUGCACAAAAUCACCGUCCAUCCGAUUGUGCAGCAGUUACACGGGAACAACAUUCACUUUACAGAUGGAUACGAGAUCAAGGAGGACAUAGGAAUUGGCUCCUAUUCAGUGUGCAAGAGAUGUGUUCAUAAAGCCACAGAAACAGAGUUUGCAGUGAAGAUAAUUGAUAAGAGCAAGAGAGACCCCUCUGAAGAAAUUGAGAUCCUCUUGCGAUAUGGCCAGCAUCCAAACAUCAUUACUCUUAAAGAUGUCUACGAUGAUGGGAAAUAUGUGUACCUGGUGAUGGAGCUGAUGCGGGGGGGUGAGCUCCUGGACCGCAUCCUGCGGCAGAAGUGUUUCUCAGAGCGGGAGGCCAGCGCGGUGCUCUGCACCAUCACCAGGACCGUCGACUACCUGCACUCUCAGGGUGUGGUGCACCGAGACCUCAAGCCAAGUAAUAUCCUCUACAUGGAUGAGUCAGGAAACCCAGACUCCAUCAGGAUCUGUGACUUCGGGUUUGCCAAGCAACUGAGAGCGGAGAACGGGCUGCUCAUGACUCCCUGCUACACCGCCAACUUCGUCGCCCCUGAGGUCCUGAAACGCCAAGGUUAUGAUGCAGCCUGUGACAUCUGGAGCUUGGGGAUCCUACUGUAUACCAUGUUGGCAGGGUUCACUCCUUUUGCAAAUGGACCAGAUGACACCCCAGAGGAGAUUCUGGCCAGGAUCGGCAGUGGCAAAUAUGCACUUACAGGAGGCAACUGGGAUUCGGUAUCUGAUACCGCAAAGGACAUUGUAUCAAAGAUGCUUCAUGUAGACCCUCACCAGCGCCUCACAGCAGUCCAAGUCCUAAGACAUCCAUGGAUAGUGAACAGGGAGUAUCUGUCUCAAAACCAACUCAGCAGACAGGAUGUUCACCUGGUGAAGGGUGCAAUGGCAGCCACUUACUUCGCUUUAAACCGAGCACCUCAGGCACCAAGGCUGGAGCCUGUAUUGUCCUCCAAUCUGGCUCAGCGGCGGGGCAUGAAAAGACUUACCUCUACCAGGUUGUAGCAGUACCCUCAAAAGGCCUCUUUGAAAACCCACCGUUUAUUAUUUGAGAGAUUCAUCUUUACUUGGCUAGCAGAACUAUUUUGGACAACCUGCACAUGAAAUCGCCAGAAAUAGCAGAAGUCCAGCAUAAGGCAAAGUUCUCCUUUGCUCCAUCAUUUCUUUUACAUUCCAGCCAGGGUCCCAAGUUUAACAACUUCACAAAGACGUGCCAAUUUUGCCAGUAGCUCUGUUUCUUAAUGAGAUAAAACCAAAUAAAGUAGAAGCGCUCCAUCCUUCCCACCCUAGGAAAUACUGGUUUUGAGUCCUUAAGAUGUUCCAUGGGAACACUGUUUUCAUUCUGUUUCGCAAGAAAAGCACUUUUUGCUAUGAAGAACGCAGUCAGGUUUGAAUGUUUUCAGUUGUCCCAGCACGCGUCAUGAUGAAGUGGCUCGUCUGGUCACCAGUAGACAUCUACUGAUCUCCACUCACCCCAGGAAGAGUGAAGGCUGAAGAGACACGUGAAUACUACCUUACUUGAAAUAAGUGCUAUACAGCAUGAAGGAGAGGGAGCUGUUGGUGGUGGAAAUACCUUCUGAUUUCAAGAAAUCUUUUGCACUUUGCCCCUGCCCUCUCUGGAAAACGAAGUCAGCACUGUUUGCGGAGUGUGUGCCACCAGCCCUGACUUACCCAGAGGUCUCUGACAGCAGAAAACCUCUGAGAAACUUGCUCCUCCGAGGAAAUUAUUUGGUCUUAAGAGACUGCGGGAAAGCAUUCACAUAAAACAGCGUGAGUGGGAGCCUGUGGAUCAGGGGACAAAAAGGCACCUGGUCUUGCCCAGCAAGCAGGAGGUCUGGGAGCACUAGGUGAGGGGGCUGGGGAACCGGGCAGAGGCAGGGAAUGGUGCAGGUGACUUUGAGGACAGUAGGCAAAAAAAGACCCAUGGCGGCAUGAUGGGGAGUACUGCCAGAGGGAACUAGCAAGUGCUUAGGGGGCUAACUGGGACUCUUUAACGAGGGACAGUCCCUCUUCAGCAGCUGGUGCAGAAGAGGGUGGGUGUCUGGGUUGCUAAGGGGCCGAGUGGGUGGGUGCAGCCAUCCUGCCACACCGUCACGGUGUCUGCUGACAGAGACCUGGCUCUGGCAGGCCAGAAUGCCACCCUGGAGCGAGCAAGGCCAUUUCCAGUCACGGCUCCCUGCCCUUCCCUGGCUGCUCACCCCAAUCCACCCCCGUCUCCCAACAUUUCCUGUCCCUGCCUGGCUGUUCUGCUCUAGCAGAGCUGCACUCCCUGUGCCAUGUGUGUGUGGAGAGUGCCCACUUCUCAAGAGUCCAGCUAACUCUGUUACAAGCUUUAAUAAUAAUAAAUUAUGAGGAGAAAGGGGGAGGAUGCUCUGCUUUUAUAUUUAUAUAAAUAUGUACAUGUGUAUUUAUAUACAUAUAAAACAAAAGUUCUGUACCCUAAUACCUGGUUUUUCUAGGUUCAGGGAAAGAAAACUUUGUUGAAACGGUCUCAGCAAAAUGGACCUUUUUUUCUCAAUCCCUGAUUUAAAAAAAAAAUGAGCAAGCUUUGUGGUGCCGGAUGUGAACUAUUUUUUUAUUCUUUCUCUUACCCAUCUUGGCUUAUUGUGGUCACAAGCUGACCAGGAUUCUUCUUUGUACUGCUUUUGUUAAUUUUUGUUUUCCAAGUAAAUUUUGUCACCUCGGAUGCUUUAUGGGAAAAGCUAAUGUGCUAUGUUGGCUUUUUUUCUGUUGUGAUGGAAAAAAAGAGAAAUGUGAACAUGGAGCUUCAUAUGCUAGAGAUGGUAAUUUUUCCUUGCUGGGUGGUAUGUGCAUCUCGGUGCUGAACUGGAAUUACCAGGUCAUUGCCUCAGAAUGUCCAAGGGAACGAGUAGUUGCAUUUGCUAUAGCAAUAUGCUUCCUAAAACUAGCUCUGUUCCAGCGUUGACUGAAAUUUGUUUGUUUGCAUUCGUCUAUUUUUAAAUUUAAAUUUAUUCUUAAUAAUUUAAAACGGUAUUUAAUGUUCAGGUUUAUGUGCUGUGCACAGAGGUCUGCUGCAAAGCAGCUCUUCUUGAAGCCCGUCUCUUUUCUAGAAUAAACGAUGCUGUGAAACCUCACGCCGUGGCUGGAUUGGCUUGGACUGAUGGGUGCAGACACACACAGGUGUGUGUCCAUGGUUGUACACACAGCAGCCCUCAAUCCUCCCCUCCCGGUAACCCGGGCUCACUGACAGCUUUUUCACUGCAUUUACACUUUCCCUCUUGUUAGAAGUUGAGUUUGUUUGUGGGAGCAGCGUGCUGCGAGGUGAGUCCACGGGCAGGAAAGAUCCUGAGGGAUGAGGAAAGGCUCGGGCCAGGCCUUGUUUCCCUGGAAGUGACUUCUAUCCUGGAAGAAGGCAAGGUGGGCACAAAGGAUGCUGAGGGCAACCUGGAGGGAGGGCUGGGUUUUCUGGGGUCCCAGCUGAUGUGUGUUGUUUCAACAAAAUAUAUUUUUAAUGUCCAGUGCAAUUGUAUUGUAUACGGGCAGAAAGAGGGUUGUAAAUCUUAUGUGCAGUUUUUGUCUCCCCCUGAGAUUUCCUCGUUAUCUUUCAUUGCUUCAGUUUGCUUUCUCUUCACAGCCAAUGGGAACAGUCUAAUUCCCUCUUGAUAUACUCUGUCUUAAUUCUUUGAGCAUUUUUUCAAUGAAUAUAAUUGUAGGCCAAGCUUACAGGGUGUUGCUCUUCCUGAAGUUUAAUGGUUUGAAUCUCUUCCUGAUUUAGCUCUUUCUAACCCUCCAGCUAUCACCCUAUUAACCUAUUAGGUUUGGGCCACAUACAGAAUGAUACAUGUUGAUGCUCAUUAAUUACUUUAUAAGCCUAUAAAUUACAUAUAAUGGGGUUUGCUUAUUAAGAUGUUGUUGCCGGUGCAUCCAGAUGGAUGCAGGUGUGUGUGUGUAUAUAAAUACAUGCACACAAAAAGUGCUGUCCCAGCCUGUCCAAACAAGGAUAGAAAUGUAGUCAGUGCUUGAGGUGAUACUCAGAAGAGUUUUGUCUGCAGUGUUCUUGAAAGUCUGUCAUUGGAAAUGGUAGUGGUGACUGUGGGUGUGGAUAGGUGGCUGUGGAAGAGGCUGUCCCGUCCAGCCUCCCCUCCAUCCCACCCCCCAGGCAGAUCAGCCCCCUCCCCGCCUCAGGCUUGCCAUGGGAGAUGCUCUUCUGAGGAUUUGCUGACCUGUUUCGGUCAAGAUGAACCCAAUUAAACCAUUUCCACUGUUAGUCUUGCUGAUCCAGCUCGCUUUGACUGAAAUACAAGAGUCUCCAUCAGCCAAUCCAAGGGACGGUCCCUCCUGGCAGAGGGGGAGGAAGGUGCCAUUGGCACUCGUUAUUUCAGACUGGCAGCACCUGCUGCUUCCACUGGCCCUGCUGAAUCCAGGCAAAGCUGCAUGACCAUGGCCUAAUUACUGCUACGGCUGCUUUUAUACCAGCAUCUCCUUUCCAGACUCCUUGCUACAGCAUAGCUCAGCAAUAAGCAUUUACUCUUUCUAGGAGAAAACUUAACUGAAAAAAAGCUUAGCCUCUCUCUCUUUUUCUCUUUUUCAUCUUGAGGGAGUUCUACUAAAUGUUAUGUUUAACUCCUGAAAGUCUAAAAAUCACUUGGAAUUAGAUCAUACCAUUUUGCAGGUUAUUAGUCCGCAAAGCGACCUAGUGCCUUAGGCUAUUACCAAUAGUAGAGUUAGAUUUCUGAACCAGCAAGGUACGCAAGGCAGUGACCAUCCAAGGCAUACUAAAGUGUAUCUGUCACAGACAUGGUCAUUUCAUCUGGUGAGCCACUUCAAAAGCUGCCAUUCAGCUCAGUAGAGAGGAGUCUGCCCAGCAGGGAGGAGGCAUCUCCCCACCCUUUGCAGAGCUGGACCCCACCUCUGCAGCUCCAGGACUUCAACGGUCCUGAUGAAGAAGAUCAUGGGAAAAGUUACCCCAGUUCCUACAGAGCACCCCAGCUUCUGUAUAUGAAAAAGGUGUGGGAGAUGCUGCUCAGAGGGAGAGCUGACCCCUCAUGCCCCCAGUCCCCCAUAAAUUUUUACUUGUUUAAAAAUUGUUUAAUUUUUUCUAAGCAAGUUUUAACAGUAUAAAGCCUGACUUUUUCAGCAAACCACAAGUGACCUUCGCAGAUACUUUGCAAUCAACCCCUACAUCUGGAAAAAAAAAAAAAAAUUCCAUCUGACAAUAGAUUCUGGUUUGCUUCUCUAGAAAAUAAUUUUCAGCAGCUCCCUGAGAUGGCUCUAGGGAUAACCCAGGCACAGAGAGCUGGGAGAAGCAUGUCUUGUGUGCCAUGAUGUCGUGACGUGACAUUGUAUGUCACACUCUUACAAAGUACAGAUUGUGUGUCCCUGUGCUUUGUCUAACCCUGGAUGGGUUAGACUGGGAUCCAUCCCUGGAUGGGGUGCUACUGGGACUCUUCAGCCAGACUUCCAGUUAAACAGGUUUUGGACUGAGUUUGAAAGGGACACUGAGUCUGCUGGCUUACAGGGUAGAUCAGGCUCUAUUAGAAAUCAGUAUGCAGGUCCUUAUGGGAUGGGCUGGUUUUGCCUGUGUAGAGCAGUGCUCACUCUAACCACUCGUCGCUGGCUCUGGUACCUCCAAAUACAUCUGAACCUUAGUGGAGAACAGCAAUUGCUGUGUCUCUGUUAGGAAUUACGCCAGGGCUUGGAUCAUCCCCUAAGCCACGAAUGCCACAAGGGUUUCUUACGCCGCCGGUCCACAGAACUCCUGCCAGCAUAUGCAAGUGCUGGUGCUAAAAAAGGCAGGCAGCCACUUUCACUUGACCUCAGCUGUCAAGAGAAAUCUGUCCUUUCCCACCUCCCUUAUCCAGGUCAGCAUGGAGCAGAGCAAAUGUUUGUGCGGCAGAACGAGUGGCUGGGGGCAGCAGGAAGGCAACCAGUGCCUUUCUCUUGCCAGCAGUGCUGUCAACGCGUUGGUGUGGCUACAGCUUCGGUGUCACCUCUGUCCCUCUGUUUGAGCUAUGCUGAGCUGAGCCCAGGUGUGGCGCAGGGUCGGGGUGAUAAACGAUGGGAUGUUUGUAGAGCAGCUGGUUCCCAGUGCCAGGUUGUGUGCACAGAGCAGGGAGGACAAGCCCAGGCUUCUGAAAAUGGCUCCAAGUUCGUAUAAACUCCCUGCAACCACAGGGUAUAGGGCCACAGAUAACAUGCCAGGGGAAAUAAUGUUGACUGUGGGGGGUUUUUUUGCCAUCAUUGACUUUAUAAAGAGGAUAGAAAAAAUCCUGGGGUUUGUUUUUUAAUCACCUGUUUUUACAGGGGAAAUUCCUGGUUUUGUAGAGUGCUACAGUCUUCUAGAUGCCUAGUAGAAAUAAGGCAGAUAAACUUGGAAGGUAAAGUAGAUUACUGUAGCAGAAAAGCAGACAUCUCUCACCAGAAAAUUGUUUUAAUUCAGAUGUUUUGAAGCUGUAUCUUAAGAUGUGUGUAGCAAAAAUACCAAAGCAAAUAUUUAGAAGCAAAUUUCUCUUGGUGCCUUUAAUCAAGAGCCAAGAGAGCUCCAGGGUCACGUCUGAAUCCUAAAAGAUAGGCAAGAAGCACAGCUGGGUCAAUAAACUCAGAUAUUUCUUAGAUUAAAAUAAAAAGGCUUACAAUAAUAAGAUAUUUCAAUACAGUUUAUAAAAAAGGAAAAUGUGCAAGCCCGUUUUCUUCUCCUCAUUUGAAGCACGCAUCAUAAUCCCAUAGAAGCGUGAAUUCUUACCUCCUAGCUGAUCAUGCUUCUAAAACCCUGUAUUGCCCCAAGACAUUGCAGCUAAGCUGCUUCUGGUACCUCUGAUACUGUGUGAACACAGGCCCACAUUCCCCACUCCGUGCCUGCCCACAACAGGCACAAGCAACGAUUGUGCAUCCUCUUGUAUUCUGAAAGUUAGCAAAAAUUUGAGUGUUUAAACUCAGAAGAUAAAGUGAAGUUAAAAGUAACAUUCUCACUGUGUACAGAACUAAAAUUCUCAGUGUUGAUGGGAAGGGUGGGUAGGAGCCAGUGCAGAACAAGGGUGUUACAGAGCAAAUAGUCACAGUAGUUCUUAGAGCCAAAUUUUAGGUAAAAUCUAUUAAUAAGUUUUGUGAGCCUAGAGCUUGCAUUUCCAUGUGCAAGUGGGUGACAAAACAUGUGUAACCAGGCAUCCGAUCACGCAGUAGACUUGCACAUGGAAAUGUUUUGCAGCCCAAAGUUUAGAGUCUAAAAUUAACAAUGUGACCCUUUGCAUCAGCCUGUGUUGUGUAAACCAUAAUGUCCAGUGUUGUAUUGUACAACCACUACUUGCUUCACUUAUGCAGUUGCAGAGUCAAUUUGUUGCUCCAUCGUGUCUCCUAAAUGAAUGUGAUGAUGGUCAACGUUUUCAGAGACGCCGUAGCCUGAAAGGCAAAUGAGGAAAAUGCAUGUUCUCUUCAAUAAAGGAGAAUUUUGAAAGGAGAGGCUGGAAAUAAGCAUUUCGAAGUGCAGAAAAUGAAAACCAGUUGCUAAAAGGUUGUUUCUGAUCUGUGACUCGGCGCCAAAUCUUGUUUCCCUCACUCUUGAUUUGCCAGUUCCUCAUCUGUAUGCACCUUCAGUGAAACCAGGGGGCCAGCUCAGAGCAGGGUCCUCUUUCCUCUCGCAGUGGUGGAAUCUGGCCAUUAGAUGAUGAUGUGUGCGAGGAGCUUACUUGGGUAGCAGUCAGCAAAUUUGACAAAAUAUGAACCAUGAUCUAGCACUUUGUUUACGGGCUCCAUAUUCAUGUUUACAAAUUGUGAUUUCUGAGGCUCAUGCUUUUUAUGUUUCCUGUAUGAAAAGGGCAGCCAGUGUACAGAUAUUUAUUAUGUUUACCAGCGUUUCUGAAUAGAUUUUUUUUAUAGUACAUGGUUUUAUGAAGUGUAAUAUUUUUAUAGCAGAAUUAUGAUCUUUGGACUUUCUAUAUUGUUACCUACAAGUGUUUGCAAAUAAGCUCUUUGCUCCCUUUUUUCUGUGCACUGUGUCCAGUGUUGCUGCUGUUGCUGGCCUCAGCUGCUGCUGCCCCACCGUGACGUGGGCUGACGGUAUUGUGAAACUGUGCAAACUAACUUCAAAGAGCUGUGAUUGUGCUGAAGGGCUGGCUGCGUGCUGGGUCCCUCCCGGCAGGAGGGAUGGGGAGCUAUACUCUACCAGGGCAAGAGUUUACUGUGGAUGGCCCCCGAGGAGAAAGCCUCAGUGCCCACCUUUGUCUGUACUCUGCCAUU